AGAGGCUGCCCUGCUUCCUCCUUGUCCUGUGGCUGGAUAGCUCAGCUCGGGCUGAGGGGCCAGCAUGUCCCCCACGGUCGCCUCUCUGCUCUGCCUUGGGCUGUGCCUGGCCCAGAAGAUCCCAUCUGCAGAGGGGGAGCUCUUCAGACCUUCCAUUAGGGCUGUGCCCGGCUCUGUGGUCUCCCCAGAAGCAAGAAGAGUAAGCUUCUAUUGCCAGGGCCCGCAGGGAAACAACAGUUUUCAGCUUUGGAAGGAAGAAAGCUUCCUACUUCAGAUAAAUACCAGCAGAGGGGAGGCUGAGUUCCCCUUACCAGUUGCAGAAAUUGAUGCCAUCGGCCACUACCGCUGUCGCUACAGGCAGGGACCCCACUGGUCAGAGUUCAGUGCCCCUCUGCAGCUGCUGGUGACAGGAUUUUUCACUAAACCAUCUUUUCUGGCCGUACCGGACGCCUUGGUAGCCACGGGGGAGACAGUGACCCUCACCUGCCAGAUUUCACUACUAAAUGGCAUUCCAGAAUUGACCUUCUUCCUGCUGAAGGCUGGGGUACCCGACCCCUUACAGUCUCAGAGCACAAAGAAGAAUGUGGCCAACUUUACUCUCCCAUCUGUGAAGGCUGAGGAUGCUGGGAACUACAGCUGCAUUUACUCGGAGGAGGAGGGCAGGAGGAGAGCCUCAGAUCCCAGUGAGCUCCUAAGCCUGGAGGUGACAGAUGAAAAGGACACACAUCCUCAAAGAGAAGAUGAAAAGAACACACAUCCUCAGAGAAAAGAUUACACCACGGACAAUAUCGUCUCCCUCAGCCUGGCGGGCCUGGUCCUCCUCAUCCUGGGGGCGGUGCUGGCGGAGGCCUGGUACAGCCACAGGGGCUCCUGAGAAGCAGGCCCGCUCCGCCGAAGAUGGGGGCCACCGAGCAGGGGAGCAGAGCCCCGGGAAAGGCCUGGGGAAGGCAGCCUCUGAGGGAAGGAUCCAGGGGCCCUGGAAGGAGGGAGACCCGACCAGCUCCCUUUCCUUCCAGCAGCCCCGACCCCUGCUAUGCCCUUCUCGCCCCCCGCAAUGUGCUUUUCGGGGUUCUGCCCGCCCAGGCACUGGCUCCCCAGGCUCUCCCUGUCUCAGAAAACCUUUCACAGCAUCUCCUAGUGAAUAAAGGAAUCUCGCCCCCCCUGCCGGCCUUCCAGGGAAUUGCAGGAAGUUUCAGAGCUUGUGCCUUCACUCUUUGGUUCCCACUAGGCUGGGGCAUCUAGCCUGGAGGUGGCAGAGUGGGUAGGAUGCUGAGCUUGGGCUCAGGAGGACAUGAGGUCAAAUUCUAACUCAGACCCUUAUUCCCUGUGUGGCUCUGGAUAAGUCAUUUAAUCUCUGCCUCUGUUUCCCCAAGUGUAAAACAGGAAUAAAAACAGCCCAGGAGCAAAUGAGAUAAUAUUUGGAAUCAACUUGGCCCAGUGUCUGGAACAUCAUAAAACUUAUUUAUUUCUCCUGU